AUGGGGUACGCAGCUACUGCUAGGUUCGUGGUCGGUGUGAUUGGAAAUGUCAUCUCUGCCGGGCUUUUUCUUUCCCCAGUUCCUACGUUCUUACAAAUAUGGAGAAAGAAAGAUGUGGAAGCUUUCGAUCCAAAACCUUACCUUGCUACAGUGUUAAACUGUUUGUUUUGGUGUUAUUACGGAAUGCCAUUCGUCAAUCCAAACAGUAUUUUAGUUGUCACCAUUAAUGGAGCUGGGCUAGUAAUAGAGCUUAUAUAUCUUGCUAUAUUCUUCCUUUAUGUUCCAGCAAAAGGACGGAAAAAGGUUACCACAUACUUAGUAUGUGAAUUUGUUUUCUUUGCGGCUAUUGUGGUUGCAACUAUGUUGACAAUAUCUGAGCAUAAGAUGGUGAUGAAUCGACCUCUGCGGGCUGUCGUAGUUGGUAUUAUCUGUGAUGUUUUCAAUGUUAUCAUGUAUAGCUCUCCUCUGUUCAUUGUGAGAAAAGUCAUCAAAACGAAGAGUGUGAAAUACAUGCCAUUCCUUCUCUCAUUGGCCAAUUUUCUGAAUGGUUGUUGUUGGACUGCAUAUGCUCUUAUUGGAAAAGUGGACUACUUCAUUUUGAUUAGCAACGGUCUCGGUGCAAUUGCUGGAGCAAUUCAAUUGAUAGUGUAUGCAAAAUACUACAAAACUACACCAAAAGAAGACCCUUCUAGCAAGCCUACUAAUGAAGUGCAACUUUCUACUAAUGUCUAA